GUCUUCAUGCGGCAGCCUAAAAAUUGAUUUAACCCACAUUCAUUGCCAAUUAACGGAAUGCUUCGGUUGUUUUUGUUUUGUGAUUUGAGAAUGGCCGCCAUGUAAAUGUCACAGGCCAGGCCAAGAGGCGGAAAGGAAAUUAAGAAACACCAAAAACAGAAUACAGCGAGGUAAACUUGUUUUACAACCUGGUAAUUGCAAUUUUCCGUUCCCUAUCUGUUUUGUGUGUGGUUUUUAUUUUGUAUAAAUCCCGCGACUGAUUGUGUUUUUUUUUUGUGUAGUGCAAAAUUGUGAUAAAUUGUGUAAAGAUACGAAAACCGUUUGCUCAGCAGAAUAUAUGUACAUAUGUACACAUACACACACAUGUAAUUUCCGAGUAAUUGAAAUCAAAGUUCCAUAGAAUCUGUGCAGUUUUGUGGGAACCAAAACGAUCCUAAUGCAUGACUUCUCUCUCUGUUGUGGUUGUUGUUGUUGCUGUUGUGAUAUUUCCACUGCAAGGCAGAAGAACCGUUACAGGGCACCAGCGCCACUCUUGGCAUCUCGCUUCAUUCCAUUGAAGUUUCCAUUUCGAUGCAAACAGCGUGAGAGAAUAGUUAGCUCUCUUCUCCUUUUGCUUUUCUUUUGCUUAAACACAAGAGUUAAUUCUGUAAAAAGUUCUCCGCCAACUAAUUACUCAAUAUACCCACACUAAUGCAUAUUUUUUAAUGCCAUAAUUUAUGGGAAAGUGGAAAAGGCAUGUACUAAAGUACAGCAAAAGAAGGAAAAAGAAAACUGCAGAGGUUUUUCAUACGAUUCAAAUUCCAUUCCAGAUAGAAAUCGUUGCAUCUUUGGUUUAUUUGGUGAAUCAUCCAAUCCAUCAUAUCCAUCAGUCCAUCUAUCCAUAUAAUCCACCUGCUCGUUCCGCUCAGGAUGUGUAGCGCCGCAGAGUCGGAUGCAAUCGUGGCGCCAUCUAGCGAGCGUUGAACCGCACUUGAAGCUAAUUUACAGGAAAUGCUGAAACACGCCUCCAAUGCGAGCAGUGCCUCUGCCUCCGCCUCCGCCACCGCCACCGCUAUCGCUACCGCCACUCUCCCCGCCUCCAUCAGCGCCCCACUGCCCGUGCCAGCGGUUGCAGUCGCUUUGCCGCUCAAUGGACAGCUGCUGCGCACCGCUUCAGUCUGUGCCAACAGCAGCACCAGCAGCAGUAACAACAACAACAACGGGAAUGGGAAUGGGAAUGGAAACGGAAGUAGUGGAAGCGGCAACAACACACCCUCCGUUCCAGUAGGGGUAGCAGCAACAGCAGCGGCAGGAGGAACGGCAACAACCACCACCACAAAUGGCUCUGGGUCAGCGACAGCGGCAGCGGCAGUCGGGGCAGGUUCUCCAACGCCCGCAGCAGCUGCCUUGGCGUUGGCCAGCACGGCACGCAACAUUCACCUGCGACCGCCCCAGCCGCAACCCCUGAACAUAUCCGCUCUGAAUGCGUCCACCUGCAGCACGCUCCUCAAUGGCGGUUGCCGCGUGGCAAAUGGAGCCUCCUCCAAUCUUCUUAACAUUGCAAUGCCAACUACGCCAACGCCACUGAAACCGCUGACACCAUUGACGCCGCUCACUCCCAAUGGACACUGCAACAGCAAUGGGAGCCUGCACCAUCACACCUACACGAACCAGCACAUCCUGGCCAGCAGCCACCAGCAGCAGCAGCAACAGCAGCAGCAACAGACACUGCCCUUGCCCGCACAGCCGAAAUUGUCGCACUCCCUGAUGCAGCCACAAUCGCCGAUGUCGCAGUCACAGCCGCAACAUCUCAGCCAACUGCAGCAGCACAAUUACAGCAACUGCAACAAUCUGACGGGAAAUCAUCCCCAGAUGCUCCAGAAACUGUCCAAGCCAGGACCAUCGCCGCGCGAGGCCCUCACCAGCCUGGGUCUGCUCUGCCUGAGUUCCCUGCUGCUGGCGUUGCUCUCGCUGAUCUUUCUGCUAAAGAUCUCGCCGAAUGGGCGCGACGAUGCCCUGUCCAGGGGCGUGAGCAGCGAGGAUUUCAUUAUUGUUUACGACGUGACACUGGCCCUGUGCGCCCUCUCCCUCUCGCUGAAUCUCUGCUGCCUGCUCGUGUGCGCCAUCCAGUUCCUGUUUGCCGUCAAGCUGCGCUCGCCCGCCUUCGAGGGGCGCGACAACAAGUAUCUGGAGAAGUCGAGUGCCAGUCGGACGUGCGCCGUGAGCGGAUUCUUCAUCUCCAUACCGGUAUUCCUCACCGGCAUCAUCCUGUACACCUUCAAUCACUUUCACUCGACGCCCGCCAUCAUCACCAGCAUACUCAUUGGCGUGGGCAUCGUUUUCUGUGGCGGCGCCAUGGUCCACAAUGUGUUUGUGUGGCAGAAGGAGAAGACCAUUAGCUAUCGGAGCGCCCCGCUGCACGGGACUCUUGUGGGAUCCCUGCCACACAACAUGUCGCUGCUUUCAGCCGCCCAGCUGCCACUGCCACACACCCUGUCGCCAGUGCAGUUCCAUGCUGGCUCCCCGCCGCCACUGGUCCAGCCACAAAUGCAGGCCCUGUACCAGGGCCAACAUGCCUGCAUGCUGCAGCCUACCUCGGUGACGCCUGUCUCACCGAAUCACUCGCACGGCAGCUUCAAUCCCCUCCUCUGCAACAACAUUAUGGGCGGUGGAGGUGCUGGUGGAGGCGGAGCCAUCAAUUCCUCAUUUCUUGUCCGACCAUCUACGGCCACGCCACCCACGCCAAAGCCCCUCGGCGGGGGAGCCGGAAGCUGUCUGGUGGGUCGCGAGGCCAGCGGGUCAGUCAGUCCGGGCAUCCCGCCCACGCUCGACAUGAGCAACAUCACAAUAUCACUGCACGAGCUAUCCACGCUCGUCUAGACGGUCACAGCAAACCCCAAUCCACUGAUAUUAAUCACUGAUUUUAGUCUUUAGCUAGCAGGUAGAAUCAUAGCCGUAGACGACCACGACCACCGUACAACGUUGGAACCCCUUCUUGCCGAAAAAUAACAAUUGCUGUAUAUAUUUGUAAAUAUCUAUAUCUAUAUAGCCUUAAGUAUCGACUUGGAAGUAAAUUAAUUUUAGUUUUAAAUUCAAAUUUUACCCGCACAUUGUUUGGCUUAGUUCCUUUCUUGGGUGCAAGUGGGCGCCACACAAUAAAUUUAACAUUUGUGUAAAGUACCGUACCGUUCGUUUAACUACAUGUGUACUUACAUACUAAAUGUACAAAUCAUUUGCCGUCGCUAGGU